GUAAGAUUAAAGAUCGCAACCAUUUUGAGAAGCCAGGGAGAAGGCAAUGGCACAUUGACAAAGUUACGUCGAGGAGUCUUUUCCCCAUCAAAGAUAAAAAUUCUGAUCUAGAUGUAACAUUGACACUGGUGGAUCUCAAAAAUCUCAGAACACUUCCAAAGAGACUAGAAACAGAAGAAAAUGCACAAGAACAGAGGGAGAAAAGCACUGCUAAAACAUCAAUAAUUAAAAAUUUCACAACACUGCUAAAGAAACUAGAAAGAGAGGAAAAUGUACAACAGAAAGAGUGGAGCACUGUUGGAAUCAGUGAACUUUUGAAAACCAGUCAGAAUCUACAGAGUGGGUAAGAGAGUUGAAAAGGAGUGGACUAGGAAGUUUUAAACUUUAAGAUAAAGCUAAACCCUUGUGAAAACUGAAAAUGGAAUAUGCAAAGAAAUCCCUCAGUUUCUUAUCUCCCAGUUCCAUAUCCAGGUGUGUUUCAGCUAGUGCAUCAGCAACAUCACAACUGUUGCACAGUACUCCACAGCAAAGACCAUUCCGGGUGUGCAACUGGGAUCGGAGCCUGAAGAAAGGCAUUGUGGCUGGGAGCCUUCAGGAUUUCCUGGACAAGGUUCAAGAAUCAUUACAAACAACAUCCAGUGCCUCAUUGCUACUGGAGGAGGAUGGGACCAUUGUUGAGACAGAAGAAUUCUUUCAGACUGUACUAGAUAAUACGCUGUUCAUGGUACUUGAGAAGGGACAGAAAUGGACACCAUCAGAGAAUAGUGGCUUUCAUCUGGGUUUCACAGAGAAAUUGCGUAGAAGAAAAGAUGUUGCCAGAAUAACAUUUGACCUCUACAAAGAAAGUCCACAGGAUUUUAUUGGCUGCCUGAGUGUGAAAAUGACACUCUAUGGCUCGUAUUCCCUAACGUAUGAUGUCCAAUGUGUGGGAGCAAAGAAAAUAGUGAGGGAAGCCUUGCGUUUGACAAUGUUCACAAUGCAAGCUACAGGUCAUGUUCUACUUGGAACGUCAUAUUAUGUGCAGCAUUUACUGGAUGAGGAAGAAAAACGGGCAGCAGUCAAACCCCUCUGUGCUCUUGAAUGAAGUGCAUUUGCCCUGUCUACUCUUUAAAAACCUGCAAAUGAACCUUAACCAGAAAGCACACUUUUGGCACAAUUUAUGUAGCCACAGCAUAAAGUUGCCCUGAAAGAUUUCAUUAGUGUACAAUGUUUGUUUGUGGUCAAUUUGAUGCAGAAAUAUAUAAUCAGAACAAGCAUUGAAAUGGUAUGUGGUCAAAUGUGUGCUGUACAUUACAUGUAUCUAGCACUUUUGAGGGUAUUUGUCUCAAAUGAACUUGAAUGUAUCUGCUUCAUUGUGCCAAUCAAAGAGCUAUACUAGUACAGGGUAACACUUGUAUAACUGGAGGAUAUGUCUCCCUAGUAUUUUUGUGGAAUAAACAUGCAUUUAACUGGAAUAUUGCAGGCUGUGCAAUAAUGCUCGUCAAAGUAAAUCACUAGUUAUUUUCUGUAUCAAGCUAUACUCUUGGCCCCUAAUCCAUUUGAGACUGGGCUAUCAAUCACUUUCUGGGGCUAGUUUUAUACUUUUUCCCUCAGACCUGGCACUGCUCACAUUUUUUGGGCCUGCUCACUCCACACUGCCUCAUUGACCUCCAGCUAUAGUAAAAUGGAACUGUACAGUUAAGUGACUUAGUUAAACCACACCCGAAGCAUUGGUUCAGGAAAGACAAUACCCAAGCCUGCAGACAAUAUAGUUUACAAUUCUGCAAUUUUUUUUCUUUCCAUUGUCCAUUUUAAUCAACAAUGGUAUUGAUCAGCAAUAUUCUAGAAUGAGUACAACUUGAUAUUAUAUUGCUUAAUUUAUUGACCGCAAAAUAGAGCUGAGAUUAUUAGCUGAUUGACUGACAGACUAUAGGAUUUAAUCAAAUUGCUUUUUCCCCUUUUAAAUCCUUUCUGUGGCUGGGGUUCAUGGGAUUAAGGCACUCAACAGGAAAUUAACUCUUAACUCAGCCACCUUCAGGAUCUGCCAGUUGACAAAAAUAACUGAACAGAUUGAACUGAUAUAUCUUCAAGAUGGUUAUAAAAUAAAUGAGAGUAUGACAACAUUGCAUUUAUCCCAGAAAAAUAAGCACAACUUAUUAAAUGCAGUCCUAAUUUAAGCAUAGUACUUGAGUUUUGGUACAUUUGCACUAAAAUGCUUCUUGUAUAAAGUUAACUUAAUUCAAGUGAAAAAAUGUUUGUAAUUACAAAGUAUUUAUUAAACCAAAUCUUGGCUUUGU